AUGAUUUUUCGAAUUUAUUGGAUGUUUUUUCAAACUGGAACUCAUGUCAGUUCAAUUUUUAAAUUUAAAAUUCCAAUGGUAAAUUAUUUUUUCUAGAUUCUAUCACCUGACUGGGCUGAAGGUAAUCUUUACGCAUUUUUGACUUUUGAAUCGGUUUUUGUGAUUGUUGCGAUUUAUCAAUUGACUUCGAGAAAUGUUGUUCGGAAAGUUGAGAAAGCGAUUGGAGUUUUGAAAACUAUGAGGGUAAGAUUACACGACAUCAAAAUCUAAUCAAGAAUUUAAAGAUGGUUUUAAGUAUGAAAAGUUAUCCAUUUCAAAAUUCCCUGCUUUCUAAACCCUUCUUUUCCUGUUCGAACAUGAUCAGUUUUCUUCUCAUUUUCUUACAAACAAAUUUUCAGAUAAAAGAAAAUCACAAUAGAGUUGAUAGCUAUGCAUUUGUCCAUAUUCGACUUUUAAUUGUUCUAACUUUCAUCGGAGUUUCGAUUUUGGGAUCAGCAAUUUAUUUGGUGGCAAAUAAACUUGUCAUUCUGGGAACGUGAGUACUUCAAAGUUUUUAUAAAUGUUUUCAAAACUCUAGAAUUUCUGGAUCAAAAAAAUCUACAUUUUCUGAAAAAAGUAUACCAAAAUGAAGCUCUCAAAAUUCUCUAUCAAACUCUCAGCAAAAAAGUUUUUCAAAUUUAUUGUUAGAUAAUUAGAAACGUUUCACUGUAGUUUAAACUAUAGAGACUUCCAAGAACUUAAGCUUUGUUUUUUAAAUAUUAUCUUUAUUUAGGAGCAAAAUUUUAACCAACAAAAAAUCGUGCCUAAUAAUCUAAAUAAUUUCAGAUUACUGUAGUUCAUUGUGUACAGAAUAUUAAGAGCUGUAAAUUGAUAUAUUCUCUCUGAUACUUUUUCAAAAAUUUACUUUGUCAAAAACCUAACCUUGAAAAUUUUCAGCACUCGUCAUUCCUCUUGGUAUCCUUAUUAUGACGUCAUAAUAUCAUUUUUCUGUUUCUACGUGCAUUUUCUAUACAUUCCAAUUCAUGUUCUAAUUCAUUCCGCAAUUCAAAAAGAAAUCUAUAUUUUCAACAUCGAACUCAAAGAAUCCAUCACAUCUUCUUCUGAUUCUCAAAAUUUCACUCAAAAAUUCGAGGAAAUCAUUGAGAAGUUCAAAAAUCGUCAAUUAUUUCUCCAAAACUUUGCGAAUUCAACAAUGUCUCGUUUUUCAAUUCUAUUGAAUUUUGGAGGAUUUCUGAUAUAUCUUGCAGUUUUGAAUGCAUCUUAUAAUGCUACAGUAUCAAAUCCAAAUCGACCAACUCUAUAUAUGAUUUGCAAUUAUUUUCUAUGGAUCUCAACAAUUAUCAUAACUAUAAUUCUUCUUUAUCCACAAACAAUUAUCAUUGAAUCAGUGCAAAAAACUGCGAAACUUCUAUUAUCUUCAAGAAUUAUUCAAGAGAAUCCAAAUGUUUAUGAAAAUUCACAAAUUAUGAUUCAAAGAAGCGAGCAAAAUUGUCAUUAUAACAAUGUUGCACAUGCUUUUAGAAUAACUCAGAAAAAUAUUAAAAGAACAUUUAUGUUAAUUGCACUAACUGUUAUUGUUAUGAAAGUAACACACAAAUUUGUUGAAUUAGGAGAUGAUAUUGGAUUGUUGUUAGAAAAAGUUCAUAAUAAAAUGAAUAUUAAAUCGAUGUAA